AUGCUGCGCGAAAACAUGUCGGCGCUGAAAAGAAAACGUGGAGGACGUGGUCCGGUUAAUAAAAAGACCAAGAAGGCCAAAUUUGUAGCAGACAGAGGUGAAAUACAGAGAGAAGCUGAAGAAGAGAAGAAAAAUGAAGUCACCGUCCCAGCACCAGUUUCUUCUGGGAAGUGGACAAACAAGGAAAGAGUUCUUAUUUUCUCCUCAAGGGGCAUCAACUUCAGAACAAGACACUUGAUGAAAGACCUGAGGACAAUGAUGCCACAUUCCAAAGCAGAUACAAAGAUGGAUAGAAAGGACAAGCUGUUGGUAAUUAAUGAGGUGUGUGAAAUCAAAAACUGCAACAAGUGUCUCUUUUUUGAGGCAAAGAAAAAACAGGAUCUCUAUAUGUGGAUUUCAAACUGUCCAAACGGACCAUCAGCAAAGUUUCUGGUUCAGAACGUCCACACACUGGCUGAACUCAAAAUGACAGGAAACUGCCUUAAAGGAUCCAGACCGCUCCUGUCAUUUGAUCCUAAAUUUGACAAAGAGCCUCACUACACUUUACUAAAGGAGCUCUUCACACAGACAUUUUCGACUCCACGCUACCACCCGAAGAGUCAGCCGUUUGUGGACCAUGUCUUCACAUUCACCAUUGCAGACAACAGGAUAUGGUUUAGAAACUACCAGAUUAUUGAGGAAGACGCUUCUCUAGUGGAGAUUGGGCCUCGCUUUGUCCUCAACCUCAUCAAGAUCUUUCAGGGGAGCUUUGGAGGACCCACACUCUACGAAAGCUCAAGCUUUCAGUCUCCUAACAUGCAGCGGCGACUGAUCCGAAUGACUGCAUCAGCCAGAAUGCGUGAGAAGCAGAUGGUGAAGGAGCUCCAAAAAAUGAAGAAGACUGAAGUGAAAGAUGAUUUGAACACAGAUGUUGCAGCCGACGUCUUUUUAACACCAGCAGAGGAGAAGCCUGUUCGUAUCGAGACAGAACCACCAGAACCAAAGGUGGUCAAAAAGAACAAACACAAGCCUUUCAAAAGACAAAGGAUGCAGAAGGCACGCAGACAACCGUACGGACAGACUUAAAAAGUUAAUGUCAUAUACUGUUUUCUAGGAAUUGAAAAAUCGUUUGUCUUCAGUUUCCCUUUUCAUAUGUUGUGGAUUUAAAAAGUUUUCAUUUUACUGAAUUCCACUCAGGAGUGUUCAGAUUGUAUUUGCCCAAUAAGGACUCAGCUUUGAUCCUUUAAUAAAAG